CUGAACCGUCUGAGAAAAGCCAUUUUGUUGUGCUAGCUAGCUUCAUGGUGAAAAAAAGCCAGCAGUAAUAUGGGUUUGUUAUGUCAGCGCUAACUAUGCCGCUUUUAGGGGUUUGUUUACUGUCGCAAAAUACAGUAAUUAAACUCGUGGAAGCCUGUAAGUAGUGGACAGGGACAUGGACUAGCCUGUAAAGCUACAGCUUCUGGGGAGAAGACGCAAACUGCUCGCUGAAGUGUGCUGCAGGCUAGCGAGUGCCUGUGCUGUCAACCAAAGACAAGUAGCUCAAUAAAGAGGGAGUGCCGCUGACAGCGAAUAAAAACAGCCCCAGCAGUAAGUUAGCAAAACAGUUGAACUAUACAGCGUUAAGCCAAAGCGCUAAUCUGAUAAUGGCAGAGGACACCCGACAGGACAAGAGGGCCAGCUUCACUGCUAUAACGGAGCACAGCGCCAACGGGAUGGCCAGGACCUCCGCUGUGGCCUCAGGAAAAACCGGCACGUCAAAGAAACUAGUGAUCAAAAAUUUCAAAGAUAGGCCAAAACUAGCAGAGAACUACACUGAGGACACGUGGCUGAAGCUGAGAGAUGCGGUGGGUGCCAUCCAGAACAGCACCUCCAUCAAGUACAACCUGGAGGAGCUCUAUCAGGCAGUGGAGAACCUGUGCUCGUAUAAAGUCUCCCCGACUCUGUACAAGCAGCUACGGCAAGUCUGUGAAGAUCAUGUGCAGGCCCAGAUCCACCAGUUCAGAGAAGAGUCUUUGGACAACCUUUCCUUCCUGAAGCGAAUGAAUCGUUGCUGGCAGGACCACUGUAGGCAAACUAUUAUGAUCCGGAGCAUCUUUCUCUUCCUGGAUCGUACCUAUGUGCUUCAGAACUCUCUGCUACCCUCCAUCUGGGACACUGGUUUGGAGCUGUUUCGCACCCACAUUGUGAGCGACAGUGCCGUUCAGAAGCGAACAGUGGAGGGCAUUUUGGAGCAGAUUGAACUGGAGCGAAAUGGAGAGACUGUAGACCGCAGUCUGCUUCGGAGCCUGUUGGGCAUGCUGUCAGACCUGCAGGUUUACAAAGACUCCUUUGAGGAGAGAUUUUUGACUGAGACCAAUCGUCUGUAUGCAGCAGAGGGACAGCGUCUGAUGCAGGUACAAGACCUGCUGGACUUCAAAGACAAGAUGGACAAUGUAGCACAGAGCUGCUUUGCACGCAAUGAGAGCUUCAUCAAUGCCAUGAAGGAGGCAUUUGAAACUUUCAUCAACAAGAGGCCCAACAAGCCUGCAGAGCUUAUCGCGAAAUAUGUGGAUUCUAAGUUAAGAGCUGGGAACAAGGAGGCUACAGAGGAGGAGCUAGAGAGAAUACUGGACAAGAUAAUGAUAAUAUUCCGCUUCAUACACGGAAAAGAUGUGUUUGAAGCUUUUUAUAAGAAGGACUUGGCCAAGCGUCUGCUGGUUGGCAAGAGUGCUUCUGUUGAUGCUGAGAAGUCCAUGCUCUCCAAGCUCAAACACGAAUGUGGAGCGGCAUUUACCAGCAAGCUUGAGGGGAUGUUCAAGGACAUGGAGCUGUCCAAAGACAUCAUGAUCCAGUUCAAACAGUAUAUGCAGAACCAGAGUGAGCCAAGCAACAUAGAACUUACUGUGAACAUCCUCACUAUGGGCUACUGGCCUAAGUAA